UCCUGCGGCACAGACGGCAGCAGGAUGCCAGAGGGAAGGGCGUGAAGAGGGCCCCCCCCCGCCCCAGCCAGCAGGCCACCGGCCGGCCGAGAGCGGGCCUCUCCCACGCGGGGCUUGGCUCUGCAUCACCCCAGCUCGUGCACCCCCCCACCCCGGGGGGGCCGCCCGCCCCAUGGCCUUGCUGCGGCUCCUCGUGGUGCUGACGCCCGUCUGCUGCCUGCUGCCGACCGACGGAGAUCACAGCCCGCCCAUCGCGAACUUACGGCUGGACCGAGGAACUAUGAGACUGACCUGGGACCUCAACGGAAACGUGUCCAGAAUCAAGUGCUAUGUGAAUGGAGAGUUUCUCUCGUCGGCAAUAAACAACCGUUAUUGCCCACUGAAUGUGCUGCCCAGAUGCGAACCAUGGAACUACACAGUUGUUGUCACUGUGCCCGGCGGGAAGCGGUUUUCCGCGUGGGUCGACUACCCCACACGAGAAGGGAACCCUAGGGCGGCCGCCGAGCACCUGCGAUGCCGGGUUCACGACCUGCAUUUCCUGACGUGCAGCUGGGCGGUGGGCGCGGAGGCCCCCGGAGACGUGCAGUAUGAGUUCUACUUAGAGGAUCUCGGGACCACCCAGAAGUGGCCGUGUCCGCACUACACCAAGGGAGAGCCCGGGGCGCACGUCGGGUGUCAGUUUGCGGACGUCUCCCGGCUCCCGGCCGAGGAAUACUGGCGAUACUUCCGCUUCGUGGUGCAGGGCACCAGCGGGGGCUCCCGAGUGCCCUGCUCUGAGAUCUUCGCAUCUUUUUCGGAAAUUGAGGAGUUGGUGGCGCCCAACCUGACGGCCACCUGCAACAAGUCUCUGGCGGUGCUGCAGUGGGCGGUGUUCAGCCACUUCAACCUGUUCUUUGACUACGAGCUGAAAAUACACAAGGACUCAGGCGACCCCAUCACGGACAAGAACCUCUCCGAAGAGUCCUGGAGGCUGCCCAACCCCGGCACCUUCACGGUGACCGUCCGAGCCCACGGCGGCCUGUGGAGCGCCCCCCAGCGCUUUGUGUGCGACCCCGAGGACAAAGCACGCCUCUACUACGUCUGGCUGAGCGCGCUGGCCACGCUGCUGGCGGUGGGGGCCGCGAUCCUUCUGUGCAAAAAGUGCUCCGUGCUGCAGAAGCUCUUCCCUCCCAUCCCUCACAUGAAGGACCCCAUCGUGGACAACCAUGUGCACGAGAAGAUGAUGGCCUGGCAGGCCGGCGCGCCCACCCCGGAGGACUGCCCGGUGGCGGAGGUGCAGCUGGUGAAGAGCACGUGAGGCUGGACCGGGUCCCCACGCGGCCUGGCGGCCUCUGGACAGCAGACGCGUGUCACGGACUGGACGGGGAGGAACAAAACCCUCAAUAAAGUGCUUUUUCAACCCCAA